CGGCGGCGCGGGUGGUGCGUCCCGGCAGCAGCCGCGUCCCGGCCGGCGCCCGCCCCCUCCGCCUUGUCAUUGAUGUUGUUGUUUUUGUCGCAGGAGCCGGAGGCGAGGCCGGGGCCGCCGCCUGGGGCCGCCGCCGCAGCGGGGCUCGGGCCGGCGCCAGGCAUGUCGGUGUGCGGGGAGGCGGUAGGCGCCGGCUCCCUGCCCAGCGAGCUGGUGGUCCACAUCUUCUCCUUUCUGGCGGGCCCCGACCGGCUGCGAGCCUCGGCCGCCUGCUCGCACUGGCGGGAGUGCCUAUUCUACCCGGCCCUCUGGCCGCGCCUCCGCCUCAGCCUCCGCGUCUCGCCGGCCGAGCGCCCGCGCCUCGAGUUCCUCAUGCGCAAGUGCGGCUGGUUCGUCCGUGAGCUCCGCGUACAGUUCGCCGCCGACAACUACCCCAGCGGCGGCGGCGGCGGCGGCGGGGGGGCGGCGGUAGCGGCGGCGGCGAGCGAGGGCGCCGCGGCGGCGGGCGACGGGGAGGCGCCGCCGCUGUGCCCGCGCUGGCUCGACCUGCUGAGGACCUACCUGGAGCUGGUGCUGUGCGUCCUGAGCAGCGUCCGGAACAACAGGAACCUCCAGAAGUUAAGUCUCUUUGGGGAUAUAAGUAUUCUGCAGCAACAUGGAAGUAUAUCAAAUACAUACCUCGGCAAGGUUGAUCCUGAUGGCAAGAAGAUUAAGCAAAUCCAGCAGCUGUUUGAAGAGAUAUUAGGCAAUAGCAGGCAAUUGAAAUGGCUGUCUUGUGGGUUUAUGCUGCAAAUAGUAACUCCCACAUCAUUGUCCUCCUUAUCAAACCCCAUAGCCAACACCAUGGAGCAUCUGAGCUUGUUGGACAACCACAUCCCUGGUAAUACCACUCUUAUCACCGCGGUUGAAUUGGAGCGCUUUGUGAAUCUGCGUUCGCUCGCUUUGGAUUUCUGUGAUUUUACAGCUGAAAUGGCAAGAGUCCUGGCUGAUAGCAACCAUGUGCCUUUGCAUCGACUGUCUCUCCUGGUCCACAGUGUUUCCAUAAUGCACAAGUCAUUGGACAGUAUGCCAGAAGAUGAGAAUUGGAAGGCGCUGACUCGCAACAGCACUAAUCUUCGGGUCUAUAUAAUGGCUUUUGAUGUCAAAAGUGAUGAUAUGUUAAGGAUUCUUAAGCCCAGUAUCCCCUUAGAGAGGAUUCACUUUGACAGCUACAUCACUUGUGUUUCAGGGGCUGUUGUUGACCUCAUAUCCAGGCAGUAUGACAAGUUCCUCACUCACUUUAUCCUAAUGAAUGAUGUGAUAGAUAUGUCUGGCUUCCCAGAUCUCAGCGACAACCGGAAUGAAGAUCCACUUGUCUUACUAGCCUGGAGGUGCACAAGACUGUCUCUCCUGGCUGUUCAUGGUUACACAGUUUGGGCUCAUAAUCUUAUAGCAAUUGCUCGUCUUCGUGGCUCUGACCUGAAAGUUCUGGAAGUCACGGAAGAAAGCAUUGAUUUUGACCAAGGAGAACUGGCUGAUCAGGAUGUGGAUCCAGUACACAAUCUCAUUGAGCAAGUAUCUCUCGGAUUGGGUCGACCUUGGCACGCCGUCAUGGACAUAGAGCUGCUCAGUGUCUUCACUGAGCCAACUUGUCACUUCUACAGAGAGAUGCAAAGCUUCAGUGAAGGCAUUUAGCUCCUUAUCUACAAUUCCUGUGGUUACAUAUGCAAGUAGGGUCCUAUUAUGUUUUUUUUUUUUUUUUCAGUAGUGUGAAUUAACCCCUUUUGUGCUGUGUUUAAUCAGUAUUAGCUAUAUAGAAUUAUAUAUGUGUAUUCUACUUCUUGAUCAAAGAACGUAGUCGGGUAUUGGUUUAGAAGCUGAAAGUGGCAGUGUUUAGGGUUUUCACGGUUAAUGGACUUGUCUACCAAACCUUACAGAGGCACAGCCAAAGGCUGUCCGAGGUUGCCGGCUAACUUUACUUCUACUGAGUAACUGCUUUUGUAAUGAUUUUUACUCUUAUAUCGGAGUUCUGUGCUCAGGAGCCAACCCUUUUUGAUACCCAUAUCCAUAGCCCAGUGGAUUUCUGUGCUGUCAUUGUGUGCUUAAUCUGGUAGCAUGCUACUUAAUAGGCUUAAAGGAAGAGAAGUCUAUCCAGGGCUGUUCAUCAUAAGACUCUCACCUUGCUUUAUUUCACGUGCAGAUUCUGAAGCAUGACUUAACUCCCAUUCUCAGCUGUUCCUAGCUGGUAAGCGGCGGGGCGAAACACUAGCUGUUCAGGUACCUGCACUUCCAGAUCCACUCCAUGAGCUGUAUGUAGUCUUUCGGAUUCUUUGCAAACUCCUCCUUGUUUAUUCUCGUGUUCUGUCAUCCUCCUUAAAAGUUAGCUUUGGGCCAAAGUUUAAAAGAAAAAAAGCAAGAAUGUGCACUCCGAUGAGGUAAAAACAUAACAGCGAAGACUUCAGUACAAAGGUAUACACCUGCAAACAAACAUUAGUCGUGAAAUCCCUAGCAACCGAGUCACUGGAUUUUCUCUGUCAGCGCCUGUGUCAGCUGCCAAAGAAUAGAUUAAAAACGAAGAAGUGCCCACAUGCUGGCAGGGGCAGGCCAACUUUUGGCCAGCCAGAUACUGCUAGAUUGUAAUAUAUAAGGUCGAAUUUCGACCUGUGGUACACAGCUGUGCUGUGGCUCAGUCAGCAACCUCAGAACUCUUAACAAACAUGCACCUGUUUCACUGUGAAUAGUGAAUGUAAAGGAAGGAAAGGAAGCAAAUACAAAGCUUGUUCUAUCACAGGUAUGAGCUGCUAUGAUGCAUGAAGAACAUUCCAUGAAGUAUGUUUUAAAAUCUUGUUAUAUCUGAGAGGCUUUAAAAGCCGAUUUAACUGUUUCAGGGCAACCGCGGUACAGACGUGGUCUCUGUGAGACUUCCACCUGACCCCAGUUUUAAGUGGUACGAAUGUUGUGCAUUUAAUGUUUAAAGGACAGUCUGCAAUAAUAAAGUAAGUGGCCAACGUGGGUGCCCAGCAGUGCUGAGACCUGGCUGCUAUAUUGUAAGCUUUGGAAAACACAAUUUAUGCAACAGAUGUCCAGAUAUGAUUCUAUUUAUGGAAAAAGUUUAUAUGUGUUUUACAAAUGGUUUUACCAUCUUAUAUUAAAAUGACCUUUUGACAGGUGUGCGCUGUUUUGUCUCCAGUGAGCACAUACCAUGCGGAUUUUAUAUGUACAUCAGUAGAGUGAAUCCACUGGCACAGUGUGUGUAUAUGCCAGAUGUGGUGAGAUUUUAUCUUAUAAAUGUGAUCAGACAAAAAAAACUCCUGACAGAAAAUGUAAGGAAACCAGCUGAAUGUUUGAAUUGAUGACUGAUGUUGUAUGGUUUAUGUUAAAUGUAUAUUCUUUUAAUCAAUGAAUAAAGCAUUAAAAAUUGAUCACUGUAUAAAAUACUUUAUUGUAUCAGCAUGAAGAUUUUUAGGAUUAAAAAGCACCAUCGUUGAUAAGCUGUGUGUAACUGGUAGCUCCCGUUGUGUUUAGGUCAACAAAAGAGUCUAAAAUAAGUCGUACAGUAUUUUUUUCCUUUUAUUUUUUUUAAUUUGGCUGAGUUUUGCCAAAGUUUUUUGCAGGGGUGGAGAAAGGGGAAGGACGCUUUGCUAAAGAUCAGGCUAUCGGACCAGUUAGCACAAACAGUAUAUCGUGAUAUGACUUACUAGACUGAUACAGUAAACUGUGGACUAUAGACUAUAGAAGACUAUUUUUGAGAAAUUCCUGCUGCAUCUGUUGCAAUUGCUUAAAUCAAAAUCUAAUGUGCUCAAGAAAAAUAAUGUGUAGUACUUCUUUGGUGUCCCACUAUUAAAUAGAUUCUGAAUACCUGCAAUGCUUCAGUUUGACGUUUUAUCUGUACGCAGAGUACAUAGCUGUGCAUUCUGAAUGGAAGCUGCAAGUGCCUGGUAAGCUGCUGAGGAGCUGCCGUGCCCUGUACUGCCUGGUUGUGCUGUGAGGAUUGUCAGAGUGGCUGUUCAGUGUGUGCGUGCCAAGCACUGGUUUGAUUUCAGCUGCUGCAUCUCCCUUUCCUUGUAGUCCAAACUGCUGCCAAGCCCUGAGACUUCCUGCACUGCUCGUGGUUUAAGCAGUCUCCUAGAUCUAGACUUGCCAAGAAGGAUCAUUUGCCAACAUACCGAGAAGAUGUGGUGGGUAAUAAAGAUCAGGUAAAUACAGUUACAGCUUUUCAUAUUCCAGCAGAGCGAUGGGACUUGGUGCCUUUCAGGGCUCAGGAGGGAGGCUUAUGUAGCAGUGCAAUAUGAUUGUGAUUGUUCAUCAGCAUCUGCACCUGAAAUUUGGUUGUAAAGUGAUUGAGAUUUCUGGCUUUUUCUGUGCGACUUCCUGAAGCAAAUGUUGUGUCCUCUGGCUUAAAACAGAGUUGCAGGAUGUUAAUUUUAUCUCCGCAGAUUACUGCAUUUUUAUGGAGAAUGGCCUCAGUGCAGCUGGGAAGUAACUUGUUUUAACUUUCAGUUACAUAAAUGUGUUUCUCUUUUUAGUCCAACCUAUUUUCUGCUUUGCUUUUAAUUAACUUAAUGCUGAAAAAUAAGAUGAGCAGGAGAAACAGGCCACUUGAGGAUGGGAGAGAGUUGUGCAGUCUUUUCUCUUACUGCAGUUCAAGCCACAGUGUGGAAUAUGGGCUGUGUCAACAGAUGCCUGUUGUUAGAGCUCUAUGUCUGAUUUUUUUGCACCCAGUCUGCAGUCUAAUCAUUGGGUAUGUCUUAAGUCCGGGGUAUAAAGUCAAGCUAUUUAAAAGAGACUACUGUAAUCUUUCUUACUUCACAAGCAUGGGGAGUCCAGCAGGGCCUGAGUGUGUGGUGAAACAUGUGCGCUGAGCAGUGCUGGAGAAUUACACUUCUGAUUGAUGGUUCUGUUGUCUUAGAAAUACACAGAAGUUGGUUUUGUUGCUUGCUUGUAUUUUUAGCAAUCCUGAAUUAGUGGUACCCAGAUGAAAGGAUUCAAGCUGAAGCAAUAUGGUCCUCAUGUGGGAAGUGGGCUUGCAUUUGGAGUGGGAGCUUACAAACCGUGUGAAAUGACUUCGAGCUUGCAUAAUCCCAACUGGGAUUUUAAAUGGGGUUUUUUGUUUCUCUUUGUUUUUCCUGAAAAGAGAGUGAUGCCAAGUUAGUCUUGCUGCAUUCUAGAUUUAGCAGCAGGAACUUGGAACGCAAGCCCUCAACUGUUAAAACUGGAUUGCUUUUUCUUUUGGGGAACAGGGACUUCCCACAUACACACUUGCGUGACCCUUCUCCAUUCAACACACCUAUGAACUACACCUUACAGUUUACUACAGCCUGCUUCGUGUUGCAUCGACCUGAGCUUGUUUUCAGAUUGUUUGCUUGCAAAUAAGAUUUUUUGGCUACUACUGGGGG